AUCCUCGAAUGGCUAAGAUGGGAUAGCAUUGGCGCUGCCUGCAACCCUGCCUGUGGCGGGUGCCGUUGUGGAAAGUGCCCACCGGGAGGGAAGGAGAUGACCCUCGCCGACGAAAGGGAGCUUGAAGUGAUAAAGGCAGGCUUAACCUUUAAAGAGAGUGACACUCACUGUAACCAGCCGCACUGGGACGCAAAGUACCCCUGGAAAGAGAACCCGGCAUCCCUUCCCAACAACAGGAAGGCCGUAGAAGCGACGUUCCUGAGGACGGAGAAGCAAUUAACAAGGGAUCCCCUUUGGAAAGAAGCCUACACGAGGCAGAUUCACGAGAUGGUGAAAAGAGGAGCUGCAGUCAAGCUUACCAAGGACGUGAUGGACAGCUGGAAAGGCGCCGUGUGGUGGGUGAGUCACCUAAUUGCACCAAACCCCCAUUCUGUAACCACGCCUGUGCGCCUUGUCUGGAAUGGUAGCCAAGAAUUCAGAGGAGUGAGCCUAAAUAGUAUUUUGCUCAAAGGUCCGGACGUACUCAAUCCCAUCAGAGCAGUUCUCCUCCGAUUUAGGGAAGGUAGACAUGCCGCCAUUGGCGACAUCGCCAAGAUGUACAACUCGGUGUGGUUGGAGGAACAAGAAGUCCAUGUACACCGAUUCCUGUGGAGAGACUCUCCUUCUGAUGAAAUUGAGGAUUAUGCCGUUGUAAGAGUGAACAUGGGAGACAAACCCGCUGGGUGCAUCGCACAAGUGGCCAUGCGGGAGACUGCAAAGCUACCCCAAUUCACCGACAUGGUGGAGGAGAGGAGGGUCAUCGAAGAGGACGCUUACGUCGAUGAUCUUCUCGUGUCACACAACGAUUCACAACACUUAGACAAGAUUCUAGAGAGAGUGGAGAAGAUCCUGGGAGCAGGAGGCUUUUACCUCAAGCCUUGGGUCCGGUCUGGUCAAAGUGGGAGGAAGGACGAGGCAAAGCCCGACCAAAUGACGCUGGUGUUGCCCAACCAGUUGAGGGAGGAGGACAACAAAGCGUUAGGGGUGGGUUACCUUGUGCAAGAAGACAAACUCUUUGUGAUGGCCUCCAUUAAUUUCUCCAAAAGAAAGAAGAAGAUGAGAACCGGAAUUGACCUUACCGAAGGGGAAGUGGAGGAGAAAACACCAAAUCCAUUAACUCGUCGCGUCCUCCUGAGUCAAAUUGCUGGAUUGUAUGACCCCAUCGGUCUGAUAACACCUGUGAAACAGAAAUGUGUCAUUCUAGUGAGGAAGGCUUUCCAGGAAGCUGGCAAGCUCUCUAAGGACACUUGGGAUGAGUCCCUCUCUAACGAACUCAGAGGAAAAGCAAUCGAGCUGUUCAAGGAGUACACCCGCUUAGGGAGCAUCAAGUUCCACAGAAGCCUCACACCCUCCGGCUGGAGGGGCGAGCCCUGGGGAAUCACAUUCUCUGACGGAAGCUGUGAAUCUUACGGCGCUGUACUGUAUCUGCGAUGGGAAACGUCAGAUGGUGUAGUUACCCGGUUAGUGGACUCAAAAGCCAAGUUAACCCCCUUGAACCAGAAAGGUGACGCUGUCAAAGCCGAAACUUGUGGGGCUGUCUUCGCCGCACGCCUGAAGGAAUACAUGCUGAAGCAUGGACGAUUGGCUGUAGAAAAGUGGUACCACUUCAUAGACAGUCAGACUGUGCUGGGAGCCAUCCAGCGAGACAGUUACGGAUUUCAAACAUUCUUUGCAAACAGGGUCGGGGAGAUCCAGAAGGCUGGGCCCGUAACUGAUUGGUGGUGGAUCCCAGGUGAAGUCAACGUCGCUGACCUCGUCACAAGAGGGUGUUCACCCGAGCAACUAGAUGAAAACUCCACGUGGCAGAACGGUCCUAAGUUCCUGUCUAGUCCAGUUAAGGAUUGGCCUAUGAAAUCUGCAGCAACAGUGGCAGCUGAAGCUAGAGAAACAGUGAACAGACUCCAAAGAAAAGCUUUUACAGCGGUCCUCACCAGAACUCAAGCCAAGGGGUCAUUGAAACCUGCUAACAAAGCCACAGACGUUCUAGAACCCGCAGAACUUGAGGCCAAAUCUGUUGACACGAAGGCGAAUGAGACACUGUGGGGAGCUGCGCUCAUAGAUCAAGUGGGUCCGGAAAAGUACAGCUCUCUAGCUGAGCUCUGUGGAGUAGUCGGCUAUACCAGAAGGGCGGUGAAGACAUGGUUGGCUUGUAUAGGGAGAGCCCCUAUCCCAGCAAAGUGGGGGGUGGUACUGUCAGUAAAGGAACUUGAGGCUGCGUUCCACGACCUGUGCCUGGCCGCCCAAAAAGGGGUUGCAUUCCCUGUAACGACACUAGACAGACUCGUCGUCAACAAGGACGAAGCUUCGGGGCUCCUGCGGUGCUACGGCAGAGUCCAAGCCAUCACCCGGGGAAACCCCGGAGUACCCCUGGUCCCAUAUAAUGCCUGGAUCAGCACCCUCCUCACACGGGAAGCCCACGGAGCCAACCAUGAAGGCAUCGCUGGCACACUCCUCAGAGUGAGGUCCAAAGCAUGGGUAGUACAGGGGCCAAGAAUCGCAAGAAGCAUCAUCGACUCCUGCGUGCACUGUCGAAAGACCAAGGCAAGGUUAUGCAGGCAACAGAUGAGUGAGCUUCCUAGUGAACGAUCUGAACCAGCCGCACCGUUUGAGCUAACAGCACUGGAUCUCUUUGGCCCCUACGUUGUCAGAGACACUGUAAAGAGAAGAAAAAAGAUGAAAGUCUGGGGAGUAGUAUUCAGUUGUAUGGCUUCCAGGGCACUGCAUGCUGACAUCGUGGAAGACCUGUCAACGGAUGGCUUCCUAAAGGCGUACCAGCGCUUCACAGCUCUCAGGGGCCACCCAAGGAAACUUUGGUCGGAUCAAGGGACCAACUUCGUGGGCGCCAAGCCAGCUUUAAAGGAGCUCUACGAAUUCCUGAACAACAUCGACAAGGAUCAAGUCCAGAAGAAAGCAACCGCCGCUGGGACCGACUGGUCAUGGGUAUUUCACCCAGCAGACUCUCCCCAUCGAAACGGAGCAGCUGAAGCAGCAGUCCAUACGCUCAAGAGAGCGUUGAGCAACAUCGGGGUGGAAAGUCACCUGACAGCACUGGAGUUCCAGACUCUCCUCUACCUGGCAGCUAAUCUGUCAAACGAAAGACCAAUCGGCGCAAGAGUCCAGGUACAAGACGAGACUGUAGGAGUCAUCACUCCCAACUCACUUCUGCUUGGCCGUGCUGGGCCUAGCGGGGACUCUCGGGGGUUCGAAUACCUGACUUACCCCGUGGCGCGCCUGAGAGCGGUCCAGAUCGAGGUCGACAAGUUCUGGAGGCGGUGGAGCCAGCUGGCGGGCCCGGGCCUCUUCGUUCGACAGAAGUGGCACGCACCCGCAAGGAACGUCACAGUGGGGGACUUAGUGUGGUUGGCAGACCAGAAUGCACUGAGAGGCCAGUUUAGGCUCGGUCGAGUUGUGGAGGCCCAUCCUGAUGCAAAAGGCAUAGUACGAGAUGUGAAGGUGAGGACGUGCCAAAGUUGUCCGGUUUCCAGUGGACAAGGUGGGAAAGGCAAAGAGAAGGAGAGCCGUCCCUCCACCAUCCUUCACAGAGAUGUCAGAAGGCUGGUGGUUCUGUUGCCAGUGGAGGAACAGAAAUAGAUUCCCCACCACAUGAUGGUGUGUUUCGGAAAAAGGGAUCAAGACCCCCCCUCCACCAUCCUCCACGAGAGGUGGUGGUGUGUUUCGGAAAGAAGAAGGAUCAAGACCCCCCCUCCACCAUCCUCCACGAGAGGUGGUGGUGUGUUUCGGAAAGAAGAAGGAUCAAGACCCCCCCUCCACCAUCCUCCACGAGAGGCUGGUGGUGUGUUUCGGUAAAGGGCGCCACUGUGUCGUCAAGGACAAUGUGAAACCUUUAUUUGUCAUUUAUAUCUGUUAUUCAUAUCGCGUGUAAUACGUUCAUACCCAGCAAUGUAGCUUUAAGUACCCAUUUGAAAGGUAAAAAUUGUGUGUGUAAUACGUUCAUACCCCGCGAUGUAGCUUUAAGUACCCAUUUGAAAGGUAAAAUUGUGUGUAACGAGUUCGUACCCAGCGAUGUAGCCAUUUCGAAAGGCAAAAUUUGUGGUUGUUGUGGCCUACUUGGAUUUAGGAAUCAGUAGGCCAAGUGGGAGGUGUAGAACUUUCUAGCAGGCAAAGCUAUUUGUCUUUCAUUCUAUUUGUCUGUUCAUUGUUGUAACUGGCAUCAAAGCACCGUUGCCUUUAAAGUGCCUUUAAGGUGCAUCGUCAAAGCCAUGUUUUGUUAUAUAUUGCCUUCGUAUGCGCCUUUGUAAAGCUAUCUAUCAUUAGAACCUGUACGACUUGUCGGUUUUACAACCUAACUGACUGUCUAACUGACCGUCUAACUGACUUCAAACUAACUUCAACUUAACUUAACUGUUGCUUAACUGUGUAUGUGGAAUAAACCUUCAGAAAGACA